CCAUUGCAGCUGGAUAUUUAAGAGAUGCCGCAGCCAAAUGGUACGAUGAAAAUCAAGGAAAUUACCAAGGAUGGCAUGUACAAGGAAAUCCUAAUAGCUUUGUAAAUGCAUUCUUAAACUAUUUUGCCAACGCUACCAUGAAAAAUAGAUGGAUGUCUGAGUUGGAAAUGAUUAAACAAAAUCCUGGACAAAGUGUAUCUGAUUAUGCUCAAAAGUUCAAGAUGUUAAUGCAACGAGUUGAUACUACUGAAGGAUUUGGACAACAUUAUAUUGUUACUGAUGUUAAAGAAAAUGAAACAGCAGAACAAAUCACUGUCAAAGCUCUUAUUCCAAAAGAAAUUAUCUCAACUGGAGAAACUGACAUUGGACAAACCCCAUAUGUAAAUCAUCAAAUACCUCUCAAACUCGGAGUUAGACCUGUUGCUCAUCCACCAUAUAGGUUAAACUAA